GCGACACCGAACGAACGACAUAAAGUAUUCGGCUCCCCCACACGAAGGGACCUUCUCAAGCCAUUGAAUUCGUUACUUCCAAUAGUGAUUUGACAACCAGCUGUUCCUUCUCUGCCAGAUAAUCCAAUCCAGUCCCAAUACCACAGCAAACCCUCACAAUGCGUCUCCCAUACGUUCCAGACCCUCCACCCACAACUACUCCAGAGGAAGCCAGAAUCCUCUCCAACGUCCAAGCCCGCCGUGCUCCAAACCCUCUGCUCCCCCUCGACCUCGCCCUCCUACACUCCUUCCCCGUCACGGACGGAUGGAACUCCUUCAUCGGUGCAAUCCGCACCCGGACCAGUCUCUCCACCGUGACUCGGGAGCUUGCAAUCUGUCGGGUAGCGGUAAUCAACGGCGCGCUCUUCGAAUGGGAACAACAUGCACCACUCCUAACGGAGGGCGGACUGAGCGAUGAGGCACUGAAGGUCGUUGGAGAUGCCGAGGCUGAUUUGGACGGCGAACUAGCUGAGCGAACGUUGAGUCUGGAACAGAGGGCCGUUGUGAAGUAUACGGAUGCUAUGACUAAAACUGUUACGGUGCCAGAUGAGGUCUUUGCGGAAUUGAAGGGUUGUUUUGGUGAUAAGGAAGUUGUGGAAAUCACCGCUACUGUCGCGGCGUAUAAUUGUGUUAGUCGGUUUCUGGUGGCGUUGGAUGUUGGAGAGAAGAAUCAUUAGACUCUCUGGGAUGGAUACAGAUGUGGAUAUGGAUGCAUAUUAUUUUCUUGUUGAGUAGCAAGCCAAUAUCGAAACUUGAAUAGUUUCGUAUCGGUGUUCACAGGAUAUAUCUCGCGGGGAGUGUAGGGUCUUAGCAAGGUCUCUUCCCGUCCUGGAAAUAUUUAUACCAGUCUUGUCUAGACUCAGGAGUUUUUAGUUACAAGCAUAUCAUCGUGGCAUUCCCCAGUGAAGUCGACACAAGCCAUUA